AUGGUUCACUCAUCAGCAGCAUCGGCCAUCAGCGCCAUAGAGCGCGCAUGCUCCAUCCCAAGCCUUCUUGGCUCACUCUUCAUUAUCGCCACCUACUGUUCUUCCAAGCUGUUUCAUAAACCUAUCAGCAGAAUGCUUUUCUACGCAUCCUUCGGAAACAUGAUGUGCAAUGUCGCCACACUUAUAUCCAAUAGUUUUGUGGAUCAUCCCAAUUCUGCUGGAUGCCAAACACAAGCAUUUCUGAUUGAGACAUUCAUGUUUGCAGAUGUCUUUUGGGCCCUAGCUAUGGCUACGAAUGUUUAUCUCACUUUCUACCACCGAUUUGAUGGCGUCAAGCUCCGUAAACUGGAGCCGCUUCACAUCAGUCUAUGCUAUGGCAUCCCUUUCAUCAUAGCCAUCACCUUUCUUUUUGUAAAGAAUGGAGACGGUGAUCGAGCAUACGGCAAUGCGAAUUUGUGGUGCUGGCUCACUGUGCAAUGGGAUGCUUGGCAGCUUGCUACCUACGGACUGAUCUGGUUGAUUAUUCUCAUUGCCUUCACCCUAUACGUCCGCGUCGGUGUUACCAUUUAUAAAUGGAGAAACCGACUACAUGACUUCUCGUACUCGAACGAUCGAACCAAUUUGUCCCAAGUCCCACCGAGCUCAGAUCUUUCGGGUAUUGCCAAAACCACCGAUAUCACUAUUACAACAUUCGAUUCUCCGCCCCCUGCUCCUGGACAGUCUCUCCGACCUGCUACCAGACCCGAUCCAGUGCAUUCAGCAGAUAUUUACGCUGGCCCUGCACCACCCGUCGCACCAUCGGAGCAACCCAACACAAGGCCCAAAAACCCGGAACGCAGUAAACGCAGCCCGAGCGACGAGGCAGCCAUGUCCUACGCCAAGACAGCCCUUCUGUUCUUCACAGCAAUGCUUAUCACAUGGAUUCCGGCAAGCGCGAACCGGCUGUACAUUCUUGUCGAUGGUAAAGCAUCUGUACAGUUGGGAUAUGUGAGCGCUUUUGUACUUCCUUUACAAGGCUUCUGGAACGCUUUAAUCUACUACUACACUUCACGAGCCGCGUGCAAGCAGGUAAUUGCCAGAUUACGGACUGGUCGCCGCCGUCUGGAGGAAAGCGAUCCCAAUGGGUCCAGCUUUGCUGAUGGGAUGAAUGGUGCCAAUGAGAGUAGUUUUCAACUGGAACAAGUGAAAAGUUCCAAGACAAAGUAUGAUGUCGGGGAUACAGAGAGUAUGGCAUCACUAACACAGAGGGUUUGA